ACUGGCACUUGAGCAAUGAAAAUCUUCAUAGUCCUGAUUUUAAGCCUUUUGGCAAUCGCCUGCCUGGCCGAUGUUUCCCAUGUGAAACACCACAAGCACCAGCGGCAUCAUCACUCCAGGGAACAUGAGGAUCAGGAUGAGGAUUCCCAUGAGGAGGAACAACCUUAUUACAAGAAGGAAAAGCACACCAGCGAAGUGGUCUACCACAAGGAGGAUGAGCAUGAGGAGCCAAAGCACUACAAGGAGCAGCCCAAGGAGUACCACCAUGAGGAGCCAAAGAAGCAGCGAGUCGAUCACUACCAUCACUAUGACAAAAAGCCGGAGGUGAAGACGGAGCACAUCCACUAUAAGCACAGCAAGCCCCAUGUUCGUACGGAUUACAAUAGAGAUCUAUUUACUCCUGCCGCCACUCAAGUGGUUUAUCGUCGUCGGCGGCCAAGUCGUAUCCUGUAUGCCAGUGCCCCCAAUUCGGUGUUCCACACUCACACUCAGAUCAAUGUGCAGUCGCAGGACUCGGAGUUGAACUCACUCACGCCAGGAGCACAGGAUCCGACUGGAGCUCAAGCGCCGACAGGAGCUCAGGCUCCGACUGGAGCAGGUUUUCGACCCAAUUGCCAGUUCAUUGGACCCGGCAACGUGGCACCUGGCUGUGGACCCUCCGAUCCCCUUGGAGCUCAGCUUCCGGCCAGUGCCCUGGCCCCCACUGGAGCUAAUUUGCCAGCCAGCCAACCUGCUCCCAUUCCCGGUGGCCAGCUGGCUGUUCUGGGCAAUGGCCAGCGUCCUCCAUCGCGUCCUGGUUAUGGUGGCUUUGGAGGAUAUGGAGGUGACAAAAGACUCAACUUCUUUGUGGAUCCCUCGUUGGCUGCUCAACUGGGAGCCAUUGGAAAUGCAGCAGCCGGAAAUCAACAGGCUGCUGGAGGAGCUCAACUUGGAGCUGGUCAAGGAUUUGAUCCUUCUUUUGGCGCACAAGCAGGUGCUGGUGCCCCUUUUAACCCAUCCUUUGGAGGUGGCCAGGCACCAGUGGCUCAACGUCCUCAGGCACCUUUGCAAAAUCAAAUCGAUCCCAAUUUACAGCUUGGAGCGCCUUUUGAUCCCGCUUUGGGUGCCCAACUUGGAGCUGGCCAAGGUGUGCCCAACCAGAGACCACAAGGACAGGCAUCUUUUGAUCCCGCUUUGGGUGCACAACUUGGAGCAGCUCAGGGUGUGCCCAACCAGCGACCUAAUCCAGGAGCUCAGUUGGCCGCCAAUCAGGGAGCCUUUGUUCCCAACCAGGGUCAGUUUGACCCCUCUGUGGGUGCUCAAUUGGCGGCGGGUCAAGUACCACGACUCAACCGACGUCCGCCCAACCGAUCCAACUACCAAGGUCUCAAUGUGCUAAAUGGCAACGUAUUUGGUCAGCCAAAUCUUCAGGGUCCUACAAAUGCUUUGGGCAACCAGCAGGACACCAACAUCAUCGAUGGAAACUUCUACAGCGAUCCACAUCAUGGUCAUCAUCACCAGGCUUUGGUGUCGGUCAAUCCCAAUCAGCGUUCAGUGUUCAUACCCGAUGAUGAUGACUCAGAUGACGAUGCUCAGCCGGGAUUCUUGGGAUUUGCAGCCAGUAAUCGGCAAUCUUCUUAUGUUGUGGCUCCAAAAAAACACCGAUCCCACAGGAGCAGCAAAAAGCGAAACAAUGUGGACCAAGGUACUUCUGCCUCUGAGUACGACACCGAUUACCGUGAAGAUGGUUAUCACUACCAGAAGCCCAAGCAAAGCUUCGAGUUUUAAAUUUUUAUAAUAACACAACAUAUAAUACUCGAAAUUAAAUCAUACUUAUCAGCAUUUGCUAUAAGAGCAGUCAAA